ACGGGACCUGAGGACCCUCCGCUCAGUGCCCAACACACGGCGGCGGAUCUGGUGAUCCAGCGAGGUGUCGCUUGUCGGGCCACGCCCGAAGUCCGUAGCCGUGUUGGCUCGCGCUGGGCGUGCAAGGUCUGCAGAGCUGGCGGCCGCCGCGUCGCUCUCGCGCGGCUUUCCCCCCCACGCCUCCUCUCGUGCUGCUCACAGUGGGGGCGCGCACCAAGAAACCAUCGGCUUUUUGUCAAGGCACCCUGGGUGUCCUCGCUCCGCGCGCUGCGUGGGGACUUCCCGCAGCCGUGGAAGAGGCUGCUGCGUUCAGGAGGCUCAGGCUUUCGCCUCGCGCGCGGGUUUUCAGGGUUGGGCUUCUUGCGGAGGCUUCUUGCGGCCGCGCGCCCGCACUGGAACUCCAGCGAAGCGAUGCCGCUCGUUGUCUGGGUGCUGGCGCUUCUGCUGCUGCUGCUGCUGCGGCUGGCCUGCUGGGCACGCCGCCGCAUCUCCACGGCGCGGCGCCCCCCGCAGCGGCUGUGGCAGGGCCACCCCCUCCCCCUGCGGGCGCUGGCCGUGCUCGGCUCUGGCGGGCACACCACCGAGAUGCUUGGCCUGCUGGCAGGGUUCGACCAGGGCAGAUACCACUUCCAGUUUGUGCUGGCCGACACCGACACCACGUCACUGAAGAAGGUCGGCGCGGCCCGGCCAGAUUUGGUAGAGGACACUUCGCGCUUCCACGCAGUCACCCGGAGCCGCGAGGUGGGACAGUCGUGGAGUUCGUCAGCCGUGUCGACUGCCAGGGCAUUCUUGGAGUGCUUGACGAUUGUCUGGGCCAUCAGGCCCCAGGUAUUACUGGUGAACGGCCCCGGCACGUGUGUGCCAGUUGUUGCCGCGGCUCUCUUUUUUGAGCUUGUCUUUGGGCGCCCUGUCGUUCUCAUUUUCACAGAAAGCUUCUGCCGCGUGAAGUCGUUGUCGCUGACAGGGCGAAUGUUGUACGCGCUAGCUGACGUGUUUGUGGUGCACUGGCCUGCUCUGGUGGAAAGGUACCCGAAGGCCCAGUAUUGCGGCGUCCUGAUGUGAGAAGCCGCACGACGGUGCUGCUUUGCUUUGGACAAACAGCAUAGCGUCGACAUCGCCUAUCAUCGCCUGCGGUUCAUUCCAGGCAACAAUCACGAACUAACAGCACGUUGUCUUAGUAUUGGAGAGGCCUUCCGAUCUGUUCCGUCGACUCCGAAAGGGGACCAGGAGGCGCCAGGAAGGCCGCGAGGUAGUCGAGGAGCGCACAAAGGCAGGCCGCUGGUUAUCCCAGAUUGGCUGGAAACGCCGACAGGGUCCGCGGAUUUAAUAAGAUGUUGCGACAGGCCUGCCUUUCUUUAAGACCAUAUUCGCGGUCUGUUGGGAGGCUUUGCGGCUUCCCGAGGGCAUAAUCAGAGUCGCCGGGCCUGUCUUGUCGACCUCGACAUCUUGGGCCUUUUCGCCUAUAUUGCCUCCUCCUUGCCGCCAUCUUGAGCCCCGGGCCAUCUUGGGCGAACAUCAGGGCAUUCCGGGGCCUCUUUGGGCCACCUUGCGGAUAUCCUGGACAAUUAAGGAGGCACGCGUGCCAGGAUCAUACUAUUAUCAGGGGUGCUGGGUAACCGGGCAUGGCGAUGGCGCCAGGCCCUGCUAGCAGUGGAGAUGUCUGCCAGUAGCGCGAAGCGUCGGCGAGCAUGGGUCGCCAAUCAAAUGGUACCCGCGCGGACGUGUUAGUAUUUCUAUGUGUUGCAACAGCCGCGAUGGUUUGCACAAGGGGCGUGUUGCUAUCGCCUCCAGUGCUUGGGCUGGCCAUCAUGCGGUAGUUUGUAGCGGGUGCGAUCCGUGCGACUUGUUUUGAUUCAGCGCGCUCGACACGCCGUAGAUGGUGGUCAGUUGGAAGACAUACGAGACCCAAGUCGGACUU